AUGACUUUGAUGGAGAAGAUGACAUGGGAUGAUUAUCCCUAUUCUAAUGAAAAUAUGGGAGAAGAAGAUUGCAAAAGAUCUUGCUUAGAGGAUUGCAAUUGUGAUGCGGUGUUGUAUAAGUCAAGUUCUUGCUCAAAACAAAAGCUUCCAUUGAAAUCUGCCAGCAGGGAUCAAGGAGAGUCGUCCUCUUUCAUAGCUUAUUUCAAGACGGGCCAGAGAAAUAUCACCAGCAAUAAUAAUGGUUCAUGUGUUUUUCUGGCAAUCUCGGGGUUUUUCAUUUUUAAGUACCGAGUUGCGAAAUACAAAAGGCUAUUGAAAACUGGGAAAUUUGGCUUGAACGAUGAGCUUACUCUGCGAUCGUUUUCAUACUAUGAGCUUAAAAAGGCCACCAAAGGGUCUAGAGAAGAGUUGGGCAGGGGCUCAUUUGGUGCAGUAUAUAAAGGGAGUUUUCACAGAGGCGAAAAACUUGUUGCUGUGAAAAGGUUGGUGAAUGAUGGUAGUGAAAGAGAAUUCAGGGCAGAGAUGCUUGUGAUUGGUAGAAUUCAUCACAAGAACGUAGUGGGAUUGCUUGGUUAUUGUUAUGAGGACUCCAAGAGGCUUCUUGUGUACGAAUAUAUGAGCAAUGGCUCCCUGGCAGAUCUCUUAUUUCGUGCUGAAAGGUCCCCUGAUUGGAAUGAGAGAGUAAGAAUUGCAUUAGAAGUUGCUGGAGGAAUCCUUUAUCUCCAUGAUGAAUGUGAAGCACCUAUAAUUCAUUGUGAUAUAAAGCCGCAAAGCAUUCCGAUGGAUGAUUUUUGGACGGCUAAAAUCUCCAACUUUGGGCUGGCAAAACUGUUAAUGCCAGACCAAACAAGGACAUUCACAUUGGUGAGAGGGACAAGAGGCUACAUGGCACCAGGAUGCUCAAAGAAUAUCCCAGUAUCAGUGAAAGUAGAUGUUUACAGUUACGGAGUUCUGCUCCUUGAAAUUGUUUGCUGCAGAAAAAAUUUGGAUGUUAAUGUAUCAAAACCAGAAGAAAUAGUUCUUAUUCAUUGGGUUUACAAAUGCUUCAUUGAUAGAGAGUUGAAUAAGCUUGUCCAUGGCGAAGAAGUAGAUAAGAAGACAUUGGAGAACAUGGUUAAGGUGGGGCUCUGGUGUGUUCAAGAUGAAGCAGCUCUUCGUCCUUCAAUGAAGAGUGUAGUGAUGAUGUUAGAAGGGAUUACGGAUGUCUCUAUUCCUCCUUGUCCCACUUCCCCUCUCUAG